AUGAUGAGCCUUUGCUAUGCAGAGUCGUUCAGAUGGAUAUCGCGCACCCAUGCUUUGCUGCCAGAGACUUUCGCACUUCUGCCAGGCUCUAUUGGCAGCGAGGAGAUAGUCGCCGGAUCUCCGCGCCAGUUCAACCUAUGGAGCACAUACACCCGAGCCCAUGACUUUGCCAUGCACAUGCGGGAGGAAGAGGAGGAGGAGAACAUAGAUCUAAGUGAAGGCCUGGACGAGUUUGCCAGAGAGCUGGAGCAAGAGAAGAAGAUACGAUCUGAAACAACAACGUCGAAAUGGGUCUUAAGCCCGAACUCGCCAAAGCGGAUCUGUUGGGACUUGGUCGGUGUGCUCGUCUUGCUCUACGACUUAAUCAUGAUCCCUCUUUACACAGCUUUCCCGCUUCAAGACAACGCCUUUCUGUCCAUGAUGACGGGGGUCACGUUGGCUUUCUGGACUAUGGACAUCCUCGCCUGCUUUUGCGUCGGGUACUACGCGAAAGACGGGACAUUGGUUGUAAGCCUGGCAAGGAUUGCAAGGCAGUAUUUAUUGAGCUGGUUUCCGCUGGACGUGGUCAUAGUGAGCAUUGAUUGGAUCAUCGUCCUUGCCCUUGUCACGGAGGAAGAGGGCAAGAGUGCAGGCCUCAUGCGAGCGGGGAAGAUGCUGCGCGCCCUCCGAGUGCUUCGGACGCUGCGGCUUCUGCGCUUGGCCAAGCUCCGACAGCUCCUGAACAAGCUGCAAGAUCAGGUCGACUCGGAGCACGUCUCCGUGUUGCUGGACAUCGUCAAGCUGCUGAUCGCCAUCAUCUUCAUCAACCACUUCAUUGCUUGUGCCUGGUACCUUGUGGGCUGCAACCCCCCGGGGAAUGAGAGCUCCUGGCUCAUCGCGGAAUUUUCCGUCCUCACCUGCGACGACCCUAACGACGAGUUCCUGCUCUACAAGUACACAACCGCCAUGCACUGGUCUCUGACGCAGUUCACGCCGGCGUCCAUGGGGGUCCAGCCCCAAAACACUUUCGAGAGGAGCUUUGCCAUUGGCGUCCUGCUUUUUGCCCUCCUGGUCUUUUCUUCUUUCGUCGCGAGCCUCACAGGCGCCACAACCAGCUUGCGAAAGAUGACUGGCCGGCAUUCUUCUCAACUCUGGCUGCUGCGGAAGUUCCUGCGACAACGCGGAAUUACGCUGGAUCUGCAGGUUCGCAUCAACCGGUACAUCAACGUGGUCUUAACGAUGACGCAACGCUACGUGCAGUACAGCGACGUUCACCUCUUUGGCCAUCUUUCUGGUCCCCUGCACAAUGAGCUGCAAACGGAGCUCAACAAGCCUCGCUUGGUUAUCCAUCCUUUCUUCGUGAACAUGCUGGAUAAGUUCGAAGCGUUGAUGCGCAAGGUCUGCUGCAGUGUGCCAGUGGAGAUGGCGCUCUCACGGGGCGACGUGCUCUUCUCCGGCGGUGAGGAAGCACACAGCAUGUACUUCCUUUGCUCAGGGGACGGGGACUACUGGCACGUGGAGUCGAAAACCUUCAGCAACCUCGGCGCAGACCAGUGGUUUUGUGAAUCCGUCCUUUGGACCCCCUGGGUUCAUCAAGGCCGCGCACGUGCAAAGAGUGAAACGGAGCUUCUGGCCCUCAGCAGCUCCAAGUUCCGCGACGUCUUGUCCGAGUACCCGAAGCACAUGGCCUUCAUGAGGAUGUAUGGCCAGGUUUUCCUGGGCCAGCUCCAAGACCGGUUUGAUGGCAAUCAACUUCU